UUUACAACAACUGUAACAGAAGUGAGAUUUUGGUUUUCAAGUGACUAUGACGCUGUACCCCUGUUUACGACGUGUUAUUGUAUCUGUGUCUGCGCUUAGACCUGUUCACUGUGUGCGACUCAGUGCUGGACUGAAGAGAUCAUGCAUCCAUCAGGACAAAUCUGAUCUGGACUUUGUCGUGACAUAUGAACAACUUAAGGUGAUGCUGGCCGACCACAGCGUCCAGUUAUUUGACGUUCGAAAACCGGAUGAAUUCCAGGCAGGCCGCAUUCCCGGCUCUGUCAAUGUUCCAUUGGGAGUGCUUGAGGAAUCGUUGAAACUUCCUCCAGUGCAAUUCGAAAAGGUUUUCAAUGUGAAGGCCCCCAAAAAGGAGGAUGACAAUAUCAUUUUUCAUUGCCAGAGAGGCCGUAGGAGUCUAACAGCUCUGGAUACUGCAUGGCGUCUGGGAUUCAGCAAGGCACGUCACUAUGCAGGAGGAUACGGUGAAUGGGCUGAGAAAGAAAAAAGUAGCUAAUCAAAUCCCUUUUUUUGGGGGGGACAAACCAAUGGACCUGCUAUUGUUUUUGUCAUGUACUCACCAUUCUGAUUCUGAUGUUUAUGAACAUAGAAUUUAAAUGCGUACUGAAAUAAAAAAUAACAAAAAACA